AUGGCUGCUACCUGCCGGAAUCAAAGUUCUUCGCAAGAAAGCACUGUCCAAGCCUUUAUGAAACUGUUCUUACUUUCCUGUGCCUUAUCUGUGGUUGGCAUCAAGGGGUAUGGUUACGAAGAACAUGGCACUGUAGCAGUACACAGGCCAGUGGCAGUGCCUCACCAUCAAGGAAAAUCUAUCAUUUACCAUCACGCACACAACUACGGCAUAGUGGACCUUACCUUUGGAGGCAGCGAUUACCACUUCUCCUGGCGCCAUGACGGAGGCAAAAAUUACCCAUGGGACAUAGCCAACCGGUACUGUGCUAACCUCGGCUACGGGUGGCAGGGCGUCAGCAUCGAGAGCUAUCAGGAGGAUAAAUAUAUUUCUCACGUUCUUGAAAAAGACUACAUCAAAUACAUCUGGACAGGAGGUUAUAGAACAGGAUACAACUGGGCUUGGCCGUCGGGUGCCAAGUUCUACGGGCUCAAUUGGUCGUACACGGGAAGUGCUGGCUACCAACAACCUGACAACUACGAACACGGGCACGAGUUAUGCUUAGCUGUUCUCAACAACUUUUACAACGAUGGUAUUAAGUGGCAUGACGUUGCCUGCCACCACGAGAAGCCUAUUGUGUGCGAACGCCGGAGACAUUAUUACGGUUGAUGUGUGGUCUGUGUUGGGUUGUCCCUUGUAGAGGGGUUAAGGGUGUCUGUUUUCCUUGCUUUGAUUAUUUUCUCUCCUUAUUGUUUUUUAUUCGACUCUCUCUAUUUUUUCUAUCUUUUUUUCUUUCUUUUUUCUUUCUCCUUUUCUCUCUCUCCUCUUUCUCCUUUUCUCUUUUCUUUUCAUUUUCUCUCUUUGUCUUCCUUUCUUUCACUCUCUCUCUCUCUAUUUUGGUGUUAUAUAAUAACAAAAGCCGUAAUUCCCUUACUGUGUGUGAUCGAUAACCUCAUAUUGUUAUUGUUUCAGAUGGGGGAAAGAGGAAGACACUUUAUUCUUUUUAUUGUCAGUUGCAAAAUAAUGAUUGCAUGCCGGGCUAUUGGUUCCUUUAUAUUUCAAUCUCCGAUAUUGCAAAUUUUGCGUUUAAUGAAAUUUGUUGUUUAUUGGUUCCCACUAUUCAUAUUUCUUUUGCGGAAAGAAUAUAUGUAUUUGGUUCAGAGUAAAAUCAUUUAUUAU